GAGUGAGUUGCGCCGAUGAUAAAAAAAGUGAAGUAAAAGAAAUCGAACAGCGCAAUGUCAAAAUGAAACGAUCAGCACCACAGAACGAGCGCAGCGAGCAGGCCUACGGCGAAGGCGGUGCGGACGGCUCCCGGGGCAGCCGUAGCAAGCACGGGCUCCCAAGAUGGUUGCACCGGGCCCCGUAACGACGCCCAUCCGUCGCUUCGUGCGGACCUCAACCCGGCGACGGUCUAAAGCCGCGUCCGAUGUAGCCCAUCAUUCAAACAGGCCAGUGUCCGAUUAGGCUUAGCACCUUGCGGCGGCUUGGCACACGGAGCGUUCGUCCGUACGCGCGGUGAAGUUGCCUCUGGGUCCCGCUGGAGAAGCUGCCACGAGCGACGAUCUAAAGCUUGCAUAGAAGGGGCCGCGGCGUUGCGUCGGCCCAACGAAGCGGCGCCAAGAUGUGGAACAUGAUGUGCGACGUGAUGCCGACCAUUUCGGAGGACAGCAUCGCCCAGCGGAGCGGCCAGUUCUCCGGCGAUGAAGCAAACUUCGAGCAGCUUAUGGUCAACAUGCUCGACGAACGGGAUAAGCUUAUGGAGACGCUCCGAGAGACGCAGGAGACUCUCACAAACACGCAGCAAAAGCUUUCGGAGGUUGAGAAGGAGCGCGAUUCGCUGCAGAGGCAAUUGCAGGCCAACUUGCCACAGGAAUUUGCAACACUCACCAAAGAGCUUAAUCAUGCAAGAGAGCAGCUUUUGGAGAAGGAUGAGGAGAUACAGGAGUUAAAAGCAGAACGGAACAACACAAGGUUGCUGCUGGAGCACCUGGAGUGCCUAGUGUCUCGGCACGAACGGUCCCUACGCAUGACCGUGGUAAAAAGGCAAGCCCAGUCUCCAGCUGGUGUCUCCUCCGAGGUCGAAGUGCUCAAAGCUCUCAAAUCACUGUUCGAGCACCACAAGGCACUUGAUGAGAAGGUGAGAGAACGAUUGAGAGUUGCAUUGGAACGUGUCAGCACCUUGGAAGAAGAGCUCAACAAAGCGAACGAAGAGAUUACCCAAUACAAGACCAAAGGUGUGACCACAAUAUCGGAAGAUAGAAAAAGCGGGGAGGGGCCAAUAGAAAACUCUUUACAUGUCAACAAGGUGUCUAAUGGUACUGCGGACGCUGUGGAAGAAGCAUGCAAGCUGGUGGAGCUGCGGGAACUUGUGGAGAAGCAGGCGGCAGAGCUUGCAGUGGCGCGCAGCCGACUCAACGAGUUGCUGCCACGGGUGCGUGAGCUCGAGGAAGCUCUGGCCCUGGCGCAGAAGGAAGUCACUCGCAUGAAAGAGGAGAAUGCUCGACUUGCGAGGGACCUCAAGGAGAACAAUGCACAGAAGGAAGACCAAGAAGAGAGGAUAUCAACGUUGGAAAAGCGUUGUCUCAAUGCCCAGCGUGAAUCGGUCUCCCUACACGACUUGAAUGAAAAGCUUGAGCAGGAGCUUGCUAACAAGGAAGCGCAGCUGAAAUUGAGUGAAGAAAAAAUCAAAGCUCUCCAGGAACGCCUGGAAUUGGCUGAACAAAAACUUGCACAGUUUGCCAAGAAGGAGACAGACGUGGAUGUUUCAUCGAUUAUUGCUCACGAAAAGCAUGGCUCCAUGGAGGACACAGUCAGUCGACUGGAGCAGCAACUCGAAGAAAAAGCCGGGGAGCUUAUGCGGGCGCGCCAGCGGGAAAAGAUGAAUGAUGACCACAACCAGAAGCUGUCGGCGACAGUUGACAAGCUUUUGGCGGAGAGCAACGAUCGGUUGCAGAUGCACCUCAAGGAGCGUAUGCACGCCUUGGACGAGAAGAACAUGCUGACACAGGAAUUGGAGCGCACACGCAAGGUCCUCGACGAGACCCAGGGAGAAAAGGAAAAAAUCUUUGAGGAGUUGUCCAAAGUGAGAGCAGAGAUGGAGAUGAUUCGCCGUGAUGUCCAGAACUACAGGACAGAGUCUCUUUCAAGGGUGACUUCAGCACGGAGUCUUGCGCACCAUUCGCCCCUUUCUCCACAACGAGGCGGAAGCAACGUACUGUCGCCACCGUCGAUGGUGGGUCUGGUACCACCGUCCACUUCGGAGGCGACUUCAGGGGUGGUCUCGUCGGUGGACGCUUUCCGUUCCACUUUGUCUGUUGGUGGUGGUGGGCUGGACAUCAGCUCGGGCCCACCCACUACACCAGGCACCCAGCACCGCACCCUGCCGAGGGUCAGACGUCGGUCCCUCGAUGAAGACUCUGGCAAGGGCAUGGGUGACUCUGAGUGGGACAAGGUGGUUCCGGGAGGUACUGGCAGUGGUCUGGACGGAGGGGUCAGUGACCCUGAGUGCAGUCCCACGGAGGAAGACGAAGAGGACGGUGGUGGAGCGGGCCUUUUGGACAGCAUGGACCACCUGCUGUCCCCAGUGGGGCACCACUCAGAUGCCCAGGCACUGGCGCUAAUGCUGCAGGAACAGCUGGAUGCCAUCAACAACGAGAUACGGCUAAUUCAGGAGGAGAAGCAGAGCACAGAGCAGCGUGCUGAGGAGCUGGAGUCGCGUGUCGGUAGCAGCAGCCUUGAGCCCCUGGGCUUGCUGUCACGAGGACGCUCCUUCGACCGAGGUUCGCCACCCCUCAGUGGGCGGUCGACACCACCUUCUUCUGCUGGCCCACCAACUCACCACAGCCCCCAGCGGGAGUACCUGCCCAAGUACCACACUGUGCCAGCGUCCCUGGAGGUACGAGAUGACCGAUUGUUGAGGAGAGAGACAAGUCCACCUACGCCACGGUCGAUGCGCAUUGACCGAGUAGCCCAAGCUCUGGCACAGAGCUCAGAAGAGCUGCGAAGGUCCUUUGGGCCAUCUCUGUCACAGCAUGCAGCUUUGGGCGGCAGCCCCGCUUGUCUGUCGGGCAUCCCGCCAGAUGCUUUGCUCAGGGUUACCAUGGAUGGGGGCCCCAGCUCACUCAGUGCUCAGUCUCCACUGAGCUCUACCAACUCUUCCCAAGACUCGCUCAACAAGGCGGCCAAGAAGAAAGGCAUCAAGUCCUCACUUGGCCGUUUCUUCAGCAAAAAGGACAAAGUCAAAGGGAAGGACCCCUAUGGACAGGAGUAUGGCAUGUCUGGGGGCAUGUACAUGGACAGUGACAUUUGUGGGAGUGACACGGGAACCCUCUCUAUGGCGGGAGGCACAUUGGGGCCAAAGACUGACGUGGAUCGGCGUACAAAGAAGAAGCACGAGCUUUUGGCAGAGGCUAUGAAAGCAGGCACCCCAUUUGCGUUAUGGAAUGGGCCCACUAUUGUUGCAUGGCUUGAGCUAUGGGUAGGCAUGCCAGCGUGGUAUGUGGCAGCGUGCCGUGCAAACGUGAAGAGCGGGGCCAUCAUGUCGGCGUUAUCAGACACCGAGAUUCAGCGGGAGAUUGGCAUCAGCAACCCUCUUCACCGGCUCAAGCUACGCCUCGCCAUCCAAGAGAUGGUCGCCCUUACGAGCCCCUCGGCGGCAAAGCCUGCUCGCACAAGCCUGGCAUUUGGAGAAAUGAACCAUGAGUGGAUUGGCAACGAAUGGCUGCCUAGCUUGGGGCUGCCCCAGUACCGGUCCACCUUUAUGGAGUGCUUGGUGGACGCUCGCAUGCUGAGCCACCUCUCCAAGAAAGAUCUUCGGGUCCACCUAAAAAUGGUCGACAACCUGCACAGAACAAGCCUCCAGUGUGGCGUGAGCUGCCUCAAGCGAGUCAACUAUGACAAACAAGAGCUGGCAGAAAGGAGAAAAAACAGUGAGAAUGAAACAAAAGAUGUGGUGGUGUGGUCCAAUGAGCGGGUGAUCAAGUGGGUGAACACCAUAGGGCUGCGCGAGUACUCCAACAAUCUUCUGGAGUCCGGGGUGCACGGAGGGCUUGUUGCCCUUGACGACACCUUCGACCACUCCGCAUUGGCCCUGGCCCUGCAGAUACCCACACAAAACAUUCAGGCACGGCAGCUACUUGAGCACGAAUUUAGUAGCCUCCUUAUCAUGGGGACUGAAAGGAGACCAGAUGACGGGCCCAAACACAUGGGUGCUGCGCUACCAGGUCUUCAGGGAGACCGGCUUGUAUGAUGGAUUCUCCGUGACGGGAAGAACAGAGCUUUUUUUUUCCUUCAAUCCGAAACCUUCAAGGAAGAAAAAGUCGUCCUGGCAACUCGGCAGGACUACUUUUGCGUGGCUCGUUUCGCAUCAUCGCUGAAAGGGUGUGGACUGUUUUCAGUGGUGACGACAUUGAUGGCGGUGUUUUCCAGUGCUUGUCUGCAAGGAGUGAUGGCACACUGCUGUUCUACACCUUGCUUUUUUUCCCUACCAUGGCAUUUUUGGUUCACAUUGUCACUUUGCAGACAUUGGAAAAGCGAAAAAUAUGCACUGGCUCUUACUUUUAACUAAGUUGUCUGUCAGCAAAAAAAAAAAAAAAAAAAAACUUUUUUGGCAACUGCGCUGUAGUCAGCAGUGCAACUCAACGACCAAAAAAAAAAGUCCCAGGUGCACCAAUUCCAAAAGACAUUGCACACCACUGCUUUGUCAGGCAGUUUGCUUGGCAGCAUGCUGAAAGAGAUGAAGUUUCCAGGGUUGUAGAUUUUGUUUUUGUAUAUGGUGCCCUAGAUGCAUACUCUAAAUUUUUUUGCUGUCUAUACAUGUAGAUCUGUUUUAGAACAUUGUGCAGUAAAUGCAAGACGAGCUGUGCACUAUUUCAAUGUUAGGCAGCAAAAUCAGCUUUUAGUAGCUCGAAAGCAUUCUGAAGGCUGCAGUACUUCCAAGAAUAUAAAUGUUUUUUUCUUAUUUCUAAUAUAUUGCUCGAACAACUUGUGAAGUGUUUCUGUCUCCAUCUUUGAGGACUGUUUUUAAAACACUAUUAGAUUCAUGUCGCUCACUUGUGGCAUAAGUUCUUCGAGUAGAAGUAAUGCACAAUUAAGCUUAACUUUGCUUUGUGGGAAAGGCAGAGUAAGGCAUUGUAGUUCUCAUUGCUUCUUAGUUUUGGUUUUAUCACUCAAUGACGACGGGUAAGAGGAGUCUUGUCUGGAGGGCUGAAUGACACUGUGUAAACUCGAACACUGAAGCAGUUGAUUGAAUCACGUCAGUACACUGUCACUUUCUGCAUCUUGCCAGCGCUUACAGGUGGAGUAAGGAAAGCUUACCUAUUUAGGGCAAGCCCAGGGAGCUUCUUUUUUUUUACUUCAUUGUUUUUGGUACGCUCCCAUGUAUGCAGGCCUUUUGCAUGUAUGAUGUUAUUGACUGUGAUCAAGUAAAGGUUUCCAGGAACACUGUUGAAGUUGUGACAGGGCAUGAUUUUCCUGUUUGGCAUAGAAACAGCACAUUCGGCAAAACCCAGGGCACUUUGAACACUCUUGAACUUUGUGACAGACAUCCGGAAACGAGUAUCACAGCAGAAACUCUCUCUAACACACGUGCUCUUGGUAAAUGUGUUGUAAAAUUCUUGGGAACUUGGUGCCGCCUACUUCGCACUUUUCACGUGGCACGCUGUAUUGGGGAAGUUGCACUGAGCUGUUUCACUUGUGCAGGUGCAGAUAAACAAGCAUGACUUUAGUAUAAACGUCCCUAACAGACUCACUGUCAGCCAAUGUUUUGCGUCUAAUGCAAUGAGCAGGAACGCAUAGGUGUAUCUGAAUGCAUUCCAGUUGCUUGAAGAGAGUGCAUCGUCCGGGUAUGACAGACUGCCAUGCAGCUUUAGCAGCCCUUGAAGGAUGAAACUAGCUGGAUCCAAGACCAAAUUUUAACUAAUGUUUCUCUUCUUCAAUCUUUUGGCCUCAAUGCCAUUCCACUUUUGAUCGAGCUUUGCACAAUGUGGAGCUGUGUGCUAUGUGAAUUCCUUCGGCUAAUAAGGCCUCUGUUGCUGCUUUGAGCUUACAGUAGCUUUGUGCCUGUGUUGCUCAUUAUGAAAAAAAAAAAAAAAAAAAACGGAAACAGAUAGCUAAUGGGAAACUUAUUGUAUUGUAUGAGUCACUUAACUGCCAUCUGACACCAUUAUUCGUUUUUAUUUUUGAGGUGCACAAAAGAAGCCAUUGAAUGGCAACAUUUUAAAACAACAUUCUAACGAAAGUAGCCUCAUCAAUGACAUCUCACAGUGAUCUUUUUAUUUAAAGAAAAGUUUAGCUUCUUUAAGCUACAUUACUAACCUGCGUUGUCGGAUGUCAGCACGGCGUAACGCAUUUUUCGAGGAUGCUUGCUCGUGCUGACAUGAAAACAUUGGCACUGUUAGGUUGAGGCGAGAUUGAUGGGUCAGAAAUUUUUUCCUUCCCGUCAGGUGGUCACAUUCUCACAUAUUGAAAUGUGUGUUUGAGAAGCAGCUUUCAUCUACAGUAUCUAAUCUUUAUUUGUACAGUUUUUUUCUUCUUUUUAGUGUUUAUAUAUUUGCAGCAAAUUGCGCUUUUGUUGUUGAGUGGUUUCCAAUGAGUUGCCAAGGCCAGGCCUGGUUUACAAUGAUCUUUAUCACUCAAGUCAUAGUUAGCCCACGUUUUUAUUUGCGAGCGUGUUCGCGCAUAAUAGUGUAAUAUAUAAUGCACAGCACCUGAAGCACAUUUUGUUUUUAGUUUGCUUUCAUGCCCAUGCUAUGCUGCGACUUUUUCUGGACAGUGUUUUUCAUGCAACUGGGAAGACUAGUCAGAAAGCACACUUGUUGUUUAUGUGAUUCUGGUGUUGCAUUCAGCCAGCAUUUCUCCUUCCUUUUUUUUUUUCUUAUUUGCAAUUGCACUGGCAGCUUGCAUGUCAGAAUGACAUGCAAAUGGUCUUUUUCUCUCCUCCUAUUUUAUAAUGUUCUAGGUGAGUCAUGUAGCAUAUUAGAAAUAUUAAAUUAGUUUUUAUAUUAUGCAUAGCACUUGAUGCGAUCAACUUGCUGAAGGCAAGCGUGCGUGUCAUAUUCAUCUGAUGCGACCACAGCACUGAUGAGAAUGGGGUUAUUUAAGUAUUUUGACAAAACCUGCAUCGCGGAGUUCUUAUUCUCGAAUGUUGUGUACGAUAUACUUGUGCCAGAUAUUACGGGCGCUGUCAUUUGAGACUACUGAUCACUUGCUCGGCGUACCGAGGUUUAAUGAGUGUACUGAGGUGUACCAAGUGUAUCGAGGUGUAAUGAGGGUAUUCAAUCCGCCGAGGUGUACUGAGUGAGGCUGCUCCCCCAGAACCAUUUGUGUCAAGUGUUCGUUUCGAGGUUGCUACAUUCAUUGACCUUGGCUUUGUGUCAUUGCCAUUCAUGAAGGGUGUUUCAGUUAGCUGCUGUUCUUAUGCCAUUUAGGGGCAUGUAGGACAUGCAGAAUGUAUGCCUGUAUUAAAAGGAACGUCACUGUUAGACGUUAUGUUUUAGGCUUUUUUUUUUACUUUCGUUUUGUUUCCUUAAAUCCGGAAUAACUACGAUGCACGCAGUCAGUUCAGAUUUACAGAAUUUGUAAGGGAAAAAGAAAAGAAACAAAAUAUUGCAUAAUGUAUUACGGAGUUCUAAAAUGCAGCAGCUCGAAGGUGAGAUGACUGACUGCAUGACCUACACAUAUUUUGGAGCUAAGAAUCGGUGUUGGUGCAUUUUCAUCCUUCCUUCCUCCUUCUUCAUUUGUUUCACUCGUUAAUGCUAUGUUAAUGUGUUUCUGGGUUGUCACAUAUCCAGCAUUUGGGGAAACAUCACAGGAGGUAAUGAGCACUGUGUUCGGUAUGAUCUAUUUUAUGUGCAAUUCAGGGCUUCUGUGCUUACCAAAGAAACCAGAGCAGUUUCCAGUACUCCUUGCAAUGAGCUACGAAGUCUGGAGAAGGCACAAGCGCUUCGUGCAAGGCUUUCAGUGUGUCGAUGCUGUACAGAAGUGGGUUCAGUGCUGAUGUUAUAUAAUAUGAGAGCAAUAUCUUAUGGAAGGAUAAACUAAGUGACAAAUCGUAGGAGCUGUAAAGACACCCGUUUUUGUUUGCAUUCUUGUUAUUUACUGCUAAUUUUAGAAUGGAAGCUAUGGGACAUCUCUGACAUGUGGCACAUCUAUGGUAUGUUAUGAAUGAAUGAGAAUACUGGUCUGAAAUGCAGUGUUGAGUUUUGUACAGGAGCAACUAUGACAUGCUUGGGAGCGUUUGAGUGUUGUCCCGGCCAAUGGGACAAGAAACAAUGAGUCAGUCAAACAGUCGCGUAGCUCAUGAGUGUUGCAUAUCAUGCAUAGACAAGGCUCGUGCUUAUGUUCCCCCUCUUAUAAUUGUUUGAUUCUUCCUCCUUUCGAGCCCAUCUUUCCAUCACAACCUAGCAAUCUGUUGUGCACGAGCGAUGUCUGUGUGCAAAGGUCGUGUAUACUAUACGUCGGCUUUUACGCAGACUGUGGGCUGCCCACCAUUUAUGUUUUUCUUCGUGUUACCUGUUUCGUUGUUAUGCUGCUUGAUUUGCACUUGGAAAUGUAGGCUGUGCUACACUUAUUACAUUGCUGGCUCUGGCUGUCUGAUUUAUUUGUGCUUGUUUGCAAGGUUUUAUUAUUUGUUUGGCACAUACUUUUCAAUUGUGCUACUAAAAUGAAACACUCUUAAAAGAAUGUGAGUGUGGCAGUGGUGGUACUCAGUUUAACACUUAUAGUGUACAAAACAACAAGACACCAUACAUAGUAUGACAUGGAUACAACGCUUUGUUCGUGUCUUACUGUUGUGUCAUGUUCCUUUUGUGCAAAUGGGGUUGGGGCACAACUCAUAUGAGUGGAGGGCACUUCCAGCGCCUUCUCAUUCACAUACACUGUGUCUGCGCCUAGAGAGCUUAGUUUAAUUGACAGCACUUCUGUAAAUCAAAUGCCCUUAUUCAUUGGCCUGCAUGUGCUGUGUACGAAGCCCGAAAUUUCAUAUUCACUGAGAGGCAUCAUAAAGGCCUUAAACAGCCAAGACAUAGCUUUGUCUUUGAAGUCUCAGUUUAAAAGUAGAUCUGAGCAAUUUUUGCUGUGUUCAUUUGACGAUUGAGCGUUUACUCUUGGUAAGGUGGCAUGCUGUAAAUUAUAGCCUAUAAACUUUCUACAUUUCAUUACACUAGAGAGAUGUGUAGUGUUCAUAAAGAUCACCUCUAGGCCAGCUUUUAUGAUCAUCAAAAACACUGAAUCCAAUGGAACUACACAUAUAUUUGUCUUUGUUUUGUUCACAAAUACGGGUGAGCUCACAGUCACAGUUUCAAAGGUGGUCUUGUUUAUUUCUUGUGCGACGUGUUGAAUUACACAUGGCCUGUCUGUUUCAACUAUGUUCCGUCAUUGUGAAUCACACCAAAAAAAGUCACGUGCCUUCACCAGUGUAUCAGUACACCUUGGGACUUGAGAGUUGUGCUUUUUGACAAUUGAGGGUUAGUUCUCUUCAUUGUGUGAAAUUAUCAUUUAUUUCUUUGAGCACAGAAUUUGGCAACCUCCCGUAUACCUCCUCUUCUCAGUCCUGGCCUGAUUUGUCACACAAAUACAUUGUUUUCGGAGCACAAGCAUAGGUGUAGUUUUGUGUGCGUGUCGUGUGCAUGUUUAUAGAACCUCGGGACGCAUCAGUACUACCCAGUGGAACAUAGCUGUACAUACUGGUGUAUAUUUAAUGUUCAUGUCAGUGCAAGCCAUCUAUUUUAUGCAUGUCUGUUUAUUUACCCCGCAUAGCUGGUCUUGCCUUUCUUUUGUUUGUCUGCAGUUUCCCCACUUGUUUCUCUAUUCUGUGGACAUUCACAAGCGCUGAGUUAAUGACUGCUGCCCCUGGGUGUAAGUAUGUGGUGCAGAGCACCAUGCGAAAUCCCAGAAGUGCACUGUACAUUUUUCCAGAGGCUAUGUAAUAGGACUGCUGUCACGUACAAAAUGAAAAGUAUUAUACCUAUACAUGUUGCAUUUAUGUGCCAGCCAAUUCCGUAGGAUGCGCAUGUCUUCUGUAAUGUAUAAGCAAGGACCUUGAGUGAUGAGUGGCAGCGUUGCGAUGUACCAAAGCGCACAUGACUGAGCUCCUGUGUGAAUCUUGAGAGACCUUUUGCUCUCAACAAGUCAUAAUUUCUUUUGUAAAUAAAAUUAACAUCCAAGGAAA